AUGGGAGCCACUUCUUAUUCAUCUCCGUCGAACGAAAGUGAGCCUACGUUCGGGCUUUAUCGGCUAGAUGCACAAAAAUCAUCUAUUGAUGAGAUCGUCCGCAAGUUAACGUACAAUGGUGGAGUCAUUGUUGAAAACUUGAUUUCUCAAGAAAUUCUUCGUGAAGUUGAACAAGAGCUUCGACCUUAUUUUUCCAAAGAAUGGGAUACGGACGCUAUGUUUUCAAAAAAGACGCGUGUGGUAACUUCAGUUCCACGCAAGUCAAAGGCCUUUGUCGAGAAGCUGUUUGGUAACCCUACCUACAUUAAAGUCUGUGAUGCACUUCUCACUUCAUCCCACGAGGUUUAUUUUGGCGACACCGUAUACAAUUUCACCUCGCCUCCAAUCUACAAUGCUUCAACAGCAUUCUCUACUUUGCCGGGAAAUGUUCCUCAGAGAUUGCACCGAGAUGAUCUGGAUCACCACCACAAAAGACCGGCGAUAACUCCAGAGCAGUACGAUAUUGAGCGGGACAGUACCAUAAAUAUGUUUGUGGCAGGAACUCGAGCUACCAAAGAGAAUGGGGCCACGCGGUUCAUCCCUGGCUCCCACUUACAGGACACUCUACACAAGCCCGAGGAAAGCCAAGCCGUUCAUGUUGAGCUACAACCAGGUGACGCAUUUUUCAUGCUUGGAAGCACUUAUCAUGCUGCAUCCAAAAAUGUCACUGAGUCAGAAGAGAGGAUCAUGUAUUCGAUGUUCACUAUUAGGUCGUUCCUUCGACAGACGGAAAAUUUGUAUCUAAGCCUUUCACUGGACAGGUUGCGCGAGUUUUCUCCUUUUAUCCAAAAGCGACUUGGCUUCAGCUCAGGUAGCCCCCUUUCGGGUCAUAUAGAUCUCAAGGAUAUAAGAAAGGUUCUUGAUCUACCUGGGCCAAGUGAUGUUCAAUGGUUUUAUGACUGA